UUUAAACUUCCGUAUUUAAUCUUUCGUGUAUUAUUCAUAAAUGAGAAAAACGUGAGACUAAGAUGGGAAAUAAAUUUGUUACACUUAUAUUUCUGAUUUAUUCUAUUGAAGGUGUGACUGGGAAUGAUUGUGCAACGACACUACCUCAGGGAAGCCAGUGUCAGGGUCUUAAAGUUGUAAACGGCAAAGCAUGUUAUACAAAAAAAUCGGCAUCUGUUUCAUGUGAAAACAACAUCAGUCUGGAAACCAGCCAAUUUACUUGUACGAAUAAUAAAGAUAAAUGGUCCUGGACACCUACAAAUGCACCUACAUGUGUAUCUACAGCGACGCCUGCGUCGACAUCUCUUCGAACACAAUUUGACACGACUGAAUCGAUGUAUAGUACAACCUUCUCAAUUUUGAUGCCGUCAGAAAAUAGUCUGUUCGAAACUGACUUUUUAUCAGCGACACUUUCCAUGAAGACAUCUGUACUUCCAUCACAUACAGUUAUAAGUGAUUACAGUACAAUACAACAAACAGGGAUACAAACAAUAUCGGUAACUGAGACGGUAACUUCAAACUCGGUAUCAGCAUCAACACAACCAGGUCCGGCUGUACCAAAAGAAAUAAAAGAAUCAGAUAUUACCGCUGUAUACAUUACGGUUCCUAUUGUGGUCUGCAUAAUUGCUGUAAUUGUAGUUAUCAUAUUCCUAUUUUGCCGCCAAAGACGUAUGAAAUCUGUUCAAACGUUGAAAAGAGAGAAAGGACCAAGCUCGUCAAUUACAAAUAAAACAUAUGAAAACGCCAUAGAGAGACACUGUUCUUUGAUAAAUGUACGUAAAUCACGUGACAGCGGGUACGCUGAAAUUCCUUUAGAUUUCCUACAUCAAGAUGAAACAUCAGGAAGUGUAUACCAGACUAUUGAUAGUCUGCCUGAGGAUCAAAUUAAAAGCAGCACAACGUAUGGUCAUCUGAAACAGCAAACAACACAGUUUAUGGACAUGAAUUACUCUCAUACCAAUAUAAUCAAAACUGCUGAACAAUCAGUGACUGACACGUUUUACAAUCACACUGAAAAAGCUGAGGUGACAAACCAGUCAAAACACAGUAUUGAGGAUGGUGGCGCCACAUAUAACCGGUUAAACGCAACAUCAUCGUCCAAGACCGUGAUAGAAAGCGCAGUUAAAGCCGAUGAUGGAACCGAACCUGAAUACGAUCAUGCUAAGGCUGGGGGUACCGACCAAGAAAACAAAGCUGAUAAUUACUCACAUCUGAAUGGUUCCUCGCAAACCCAACAAACGUUUGCACGACAUGAGAAACAUCAAUAUCAUAUCAAAGACAACAGAACAAAACUCCCUGAUAUCCAGCCGUAUGAAUUUGCGAAGGAACCUGAAAGCCCAGGCUAUGAAUUUGCAAAAGACGUUGAAAAUCAUAAUAAUGAGAGUACAAGUAUGAAUGUUACGGAUACAAGUUUAAAACAAGAGUACAGAGAACUAAAACAAGAAUGUACUGGUAAUCAAGGCUACGAAACGGCUGUAGGUAAUUCAAAUACCUACUUCAUUUUGGAACCCGAAGAAGGACCUGGAAGCAAUGAUGUCGUUGGCGAUUUUUCUGAUGAAAAGCUUGACACGACUGACAAUGCAGAGUCAGUCAACCAUCAGUAUUUCACAUUGGAGAAAACAGAUACAUAGACAUACACUAGUAACAUCUGGAUAGAAAAAGUCCGAGGAAAAUAAAUAUAUUAUCAUAACAUUGAAUGGCUUAUCGGUGACUUUUACAAAAAUAUGUAUUUUUUAUGAUGUGGCACAAAUAAUUAUUGCAGUGCAAACCAUUGAUUUCAUACAACUGCAACGAGAUAAGUACGUUCUUUAUAGUUAUGCCAAGAGUCUAGCUGCAUGGGUUUUAUUAUUCAUUGCCUAACAUUUACACUACAAAAGCAGCCAGUUGCUUUGUUUACGUCAACUAGCUCAGCUCUAGCAAAGUAAUUGAUUAAAUUUGUUUUGCGGGUCAUCGACGUUUUCUCUGUCUGUAUUUGGGGUGUUCUUUGCUUCUGGGAGAUCUACCAGUACUUUUAACCUUUAGGCUCUGAAAGUUCCGAUAGGUGAUUCUUUUGGAAUACUUUGACUUGGUUUACUGUUUAUUUUAUCUGCUUAUUGUAUCUUGCUCUAUUUUCCCUGCUAUAAAUACAACAUUUAAAAGUAAAAGAUCAUUUUUAAUUGGGCAAAGGUAAAACUUCUGUGUCGGGCAGUGAGUGAGUGAGUUGGGUUUUACGGCGAAUCGACACAAAAUGGUCAUAUAUCGCCGAACUGUUUCGGGCAGAUUAAUAUGAAGCAGAUGUAAAACCUAAAAUGAUGUGUGUGUGUGUGUGUAUGAUAAACUUAACAUUGUUGUGAUGACUUUGUAAACACAGCUAGUUUAAUAAACAUCUUCUGAAUUUUGUUA